GUGCGAUGUGCAUAGAUGUGGGAUAUGAAAGAUGGAAUGAUGAUCAAGAAAAACCUUAAUUUUCUCAGAGAUGUCAAAUGAUUCUUCAAUCAUAAAUUAUCUUCUCCAUUAUGUUCAUGCUACCAUCGUAAUGAGUGAAUGUUGAUGUGUGACGAAAACCGUUAUCUACACUAGUUAAAAGUACUGGCCACUGGCAGCCUUUCAAUUUGGUCUACACAAAUUCACACUGACUGCGGCCCACACUGCUGUACGCGCGCCCGGCCUUUUGAACGAACGAGGAACACAGGGAUUUCGCUAGCAAGCUUCGAUUGACUGAAACCAAAACACAUCCUCAGCAGCUAAGUUCAUCAGCAGUUUUCUUCAUCCUUUCUUCAUAAUGACCCAAGGAGAAAGACUGCCAAGGACUGAGUAAGGCACACUGAAGUACUACACAGGAAAAUGCAGACACUUUUGUUGGGAGAGACGAGGGUGAUGUUUUGCUUUUUAAUUAUAAAAUUUAUAGGCCCAAGACGUGUUGUGACCAUGAUAUCACCUUUUUUUUGAGAUCUGACGUUAAGUUGUAAACGUCACAAUUUAUCAUGAUUAGUGCAAUCUUCAGGACUAGUUUAAGACAGUGGUGUAUGCUACUGUAACUUAGAUUUUCAAUGACUUUACAAUACAGGGCUAGGCAUCCCAUCACCAGUGAUCUUCACUUUGUCAAUCACAGCGACAGGGACCAUUGAUUGUGAUCGUCAAUGAUAAUGAUUGUGACAAUUUUGAAAAGUUUGGUGCUGAAACAAGGUGAUACUUUUGAGUCCGUGUCCACGUACCUACUGGAUGAUGCAAUGUAACUGUUCGAAGACAAAUAUGUUCGUCUUGUGUAUGUUUUAGUAAAAUAUUUGAAAGAAGAGUUAAGAUAAAGUCAACUGCACUACCUAGCUAGUCAGCUAGUGCUACAACUGUCAUCUGGUCAUAAUACAGGCAUAGAGAAAACUUCAUUUUGCACUAGCCAUCCAUCAAACAGUCGUCAGGACUCGUAUCAACAUGUGUGCCUAGCUGACCCUCGUCACCACUACGUCGGUGCACUAACAUUUGUACGUGUUUGAGACUGAGACUUAAUGGUCUCACGGCUGUCUCUCAAAAUCACCUCCAUGGGUCCCAGAACACCAAAAUUUUGGCUGGUGUUCUGCACGGCAUUUUUGACCCUUUCAUUUUUGGCUGUGGUGAAUCGCAAUGAUGAAAAUGGAGUGUAUGAAUAUACUGUUCGUCUUGAGGAGUUAAAUGUCCGUCUGCGUAACACAGAACUUCAAAGUGAAACAAGAAAGGCAGAAGUGAGACACCUUCAACGAGAAAUUCACAAGAUGAGAGAAGAUGUUAAGCGUCAAAACAUAAGUGGUCCAUCCUUGCAGUAUGAUACCAACCAUGACAAGUUAGCAAAAUUGCGGUCACAGCUGCUACAAGGACAAAACAAUGGGAAUAAUAGCAUGAUGUACAUCCUACCCACAAUCCUCCAGUAUAUGCCUCACCUGAUUGGCAAACCAGACAGUCUGGAACCUGCACUCCAUUUAUCCAAAGGCACUGCACAAGUGUCCAUCGUGAUUGGCGUGCCAACGAUUAAGCGAGAUGUGGAAAGCUACAUAAUGGAAACACUUUCAUCGCUGGUUGCAGGUUUGUCAACUGAAGAGAAACUGGAAUGCUUGAUUGUGGUUUUUAUUGCAGAGGUUGAUUUAGAAUAUGUGAAGAAGGAAGCAGACAGAAUUCAAGCAAAUUUCCAUGCUGAGUUGGAUUCCGGUCUUAUUGAGGUUAUUUCACCAAGGGGUAGCUACUAUCCUGACCUCAAUGCUGUGCGGGAAACAUUUGGUGAUACCCAAGAACGAGUAAAAUGGAGAACGAAGCAAAAUUUGGAUUUUUCUUAUCUUAUGAUGUAUGCACAAUCAAGAGGAAAAUACUAUGUUCAGCUUGAAGAUGAUCUAGUGGCUCAGCCUGGGUAUUUCACAACAAUGAAAACAUUUGCUAUGCAGCAACAAAACAAAAACUGGCUACUACUAGAGUUUUCAGCAUUGGGAUUUAUUGGUAAAAUGUUCAAGACUAGUGACUUAAAUUUAAUAGUAGAAUUCUUUCUGAUGUUCCAUAAAGACAAGCCAAUUGACUGGCUGCUGGAUCACAUUUUGUAUGUGAAAGUUUGUAACCCGGAAAAAGAUCCUAAACAUUGUAGCAGAGAAAAGGCUGCUUAUAGAAUACGCUACAAGCCAUCUCAGUUCCAGCAUAUUGGCCUUCAUUCAUCUCUCAAAGGGAAAGUUCAAAAAUUGAAGGACAAAGAUUUUAAAAAGGGGUUCAAGCGUCAAUUUGCUCACAUAAACCCCAAUGCUGAUGUGUCGACAACGAUCAACAACUACAUGAAGUUCACCUUAUUGAAAGCGUAUCAAGGAGAAGACAUCUUCUGGGGAACUACACCAUCAGUAGGAGACAUCAUCAAGUUCAGAUUCAUUCCACCGAUCGUCAUUGGCGAAUAUCAAUUUGUGAGCAGCAAUGAACAGAACCCAGGUGAUAAGUUUUACAACACUACUGUUGAAGUUUUACCAAGCUACCAGCGUGACAAGAAAGAAGGUAUUUUAGAGGCAGAGAACCAUCAAGACAACAAGUUUAAUCGGACCCAGGAUGGAUACAUUCAAGUCGGCAAAUUUCAAGAUGGUAAGGCUAUUGGGACCGUUGACGCUGACAUUGGGGAGGUGGUGGAGCUAAGACUUAGGGUGAUAGAGCAACCCAAAAACUGGGUCAUAUUAUCAAAUAUUCACAUUGUGCCUGCAACAAAGAAGAGGUGACCGCUGCGUGUAUAUCCUUCCCAUGUAAUGAAUGGUAUACCGGUACUUGGCACAUUCUCGUGGCUCUAUAUACUCACAUGUACGCCUACAGUGGAUUUUUUACAUAUUUUUCUAUAUCAGGUUCUGCAGCAUAUUAUUUGCAUUUUAAGGACACCGUUUUUGAGAUCUAAUUGUUGGUGUGUUGAUUUGUCACAGAAAGAUUACACAGUUAUGUUAAUUAGGAAUGGGCGACUAGGAAAAUCUAAUACUCGCUUAGUCGUGUCUAAGAUGCAUUGUGGCAAGGUUUGCGGCAAGCGCAAUAUAGUAAAAUUCAAGCUGAAAGGAUUGAAGGAUUGUGUCACUGAAGUCUGAUUGUGUUUUGUAAGUAAAUUUGAUUGUCGUGAAUAAUUGUGAGCAACACAAUUGGUUCACCAAACAGGUGGUCGCGACUACUUUUUGUAGUUGUCGCGACUAUUUGUUGUAGUUGUCGCGACUAUCUUUGUUGUAGUCGUGGCGGCAUGAUUAACCGAGUAGUCGAAAAUUGGUAGUCGCGACUCAACAAAUGAUUUAAUCGUCGCGACUACAGUAUGACACUAGCCGCACUAGUCGCGCAGGCCUAAUGUUAAUACACAAACACAACCGUUGGUUGCUGAUUUGUGUACUGCCAUAACUUUUAUAAAAUUAGGGUUUGAAGUUUAAAAUAUUGUCUUUCUUUAUUGGUUUGUGUUUUCCUAAAUACUUGUGUAUAAAAACUUUAACUGUUUGCUGCAUCCUCUAGGUUUCAGUACAACUUAGCUAUGAAAUUUAGUUGUAAUCAUCAUCUCUCUUUUUUAGGAAACUGAAAAUCGCAGCUGUUUUUGGUCAGGGAUUUUUUAGCUGUUCUUUCUGUUUAGCAAAUCACAGAAAUAAAUCUAGUGUUGGGGAUAGGUUUCUUGAGCUUUACAAG